CAAAGAUAAGUUAGAAGACUAUAUGGCAAGAUUCCCUAAGGUGAAGAUUGUACGAACAAAGAAGAGAGAGGGACUGAUUCGAACUCGACUGCUGGGCGCUACUGUAGCAAAAGGAGAAGUCUUAACCUUCCUGGAUUCCCAUUGUGAGGCUAAUGUGAACUGGCUUCCACCUCUGCUUGACCAGAUUGCUCAAAACCACCGAACAAUUGUCUGCCCCAUGAUUGACGUCAUCGACCACAACCACUUUGGGUAUGAGGCACAGGCUGGAGAUGCCAUGCGAGGAGCCUUUGACUGGGAAAUGUACUACAAGCGGAUUCCCAUUCCAGCCGAGCUCCAGAGUACUGACCCCAGUGAGCCAUUUGAGUCACCUGUCAUGGCAGGGGGUCUAUUUGCAGUAAAUCGUCUGUGGUUCUGGAAGCUUGGAGGUUACGAUCCUGGACUUGAGAUCUGGGGAGGAGAGCAGUAUGAAAUAUCUUUUAAAGUUUGGAUGUGUGGAGGCAGUAUGUACGAUGUUCCUUGUUCCAGAGUUGGGCACAUCUACAGAAAGUAUGUCCCUUACAAAGUGCCGUCAGGAACCAGCUUAGCAAGAAACCUGAAGCGAGUUGCUGAGGCAUGGAUGGAUGAGUACACUGAAUACAUCUACCAGCGGCGGCCAGAGUACAGACAUCUCUCAACUGGUGACCUGUCAUCACAGAAAGAACUGCGCAAGCAGCUCAAGUGUAAGGAUUUCAAGUGGUACAUGGCAGCAGUGGCAUGGGACCUGCCCAAAUACUACCCUCCCGUGGAACCAUUACCAGCUGCCUGGGGAAAGAUUCAGAAUAUUGCAUCCAGUCUUUGUAUAGACAGUAAGCAUGGCUCCACAGGGACAGAACUGAGGCUGGAUGUGUGUGUGAAAGAUGGCUCAGAACGGACAUGGUCACAUGAGCAGAUUUUUACCUUUGGGUGGAGAGAAGAUUUAAGGCCUGGGGACCCACUCCACACAAGGAAAUUUUGCUUUGAUGCCAUUUCUCACAAUAGCCCCGUCACUCUGUACGACUGCCAUGGCAUGAAGGGCAACCAGCACUGGCUGUACAGGAAGGAUAAAACCUUGUACCACCCAGUAAGCAACAGCUGCAUAGACAGUAGUCCCGGGGAUAAGAAGAUUUUCAUGCACAGAUGCGACCCUCUGUCUGAAACACAGCAGUGGAUUUUCCAACACAUCAAUGCGACUGUUACGAGAUCUUUUUCAACAGCCCUGGCAGCUCCUAGGAAAGCCAAAUGA